UAAUUGCAAUCAUUGAGUGGAAAAAAAUGUGGAUAAAUUCACAUGUGGUCCCCUCCGCAAUUCGAAAACAACAACAAAAACGCUACGUUGAUUAAAUUUGGCAUUGUGUACGACAGGUUUAAUAAACCAAACCGAAACCUGGAUUGCUAGAAGAAAGACGUUUUCUGAAUGCGUUACAUCGAUUGACAAUAACUAACAUGUUUAAGCAACUUUUCUUUCGCCAAUUUACUGGAAAGAAGCAUUCCAUUCCACUGGCGUCUUUUCGUUUUUGUGCAUGGAGAAAUGUCAUCACAGAUUCUACGCAGCAGGAAGACGUUAAGUUCACCGAUAUGGUCAUGUCUAACAUCGAUAAAGCAAGCGCCUGCUUCGAACAAAAAUUAAAAGAUACACAAAAGAAACAAGAUGUCAAAGGCAUCUUAGACGUUGUCAAAUCAUGUAAUGCAGUAUUGAAGAUUAAUUUCCCGUUAAGAAAAAGAGAUGGCAGCAUCGAAGUGAUAAACGCCUACAGAGUUCAGCACAGUCAUCACAGAAGGCCAUGCAAAGGGGGAAUUCGAUACAGUGCUAAUGUUAAUCUUGACGAGAUCAAGGCCUUGGCAGCACUGAUGACAUUCAAAUGUGCUGUGGUAGAUGUACCUUUUGGUGGGGCUAAGGGAGGCAUUGCCAUCAACCCAGGCGAAUAUACGGAUGAUGAAUUAGAAAGAAUCACAAGGCGGUAUACAGUUGAGUUGGCAAAGAAAGGAUUUAUUGGUCCAGGUUUGGAUGUUCCCGCUCCAGACAUGGGUACUGGUGAAAAAGAAAUGUCAUGGAUAGCUGAUACAUAUGAUAUGACCUUAGGACAUGACAACAUCAACUCAUACGCAUGCGUGACCGGCAAACCAAUUGUUGAUGGUGGAGUUCUUGGAAGAGAUAGUGCUACCGGAAGGGGUGUUUAUCAUGGCAUUGACAACUUCCUCAAAUUAGAAUCAUACUGCAAGAUGAUUGGAUUAACUCCCGGUUUAAAAGACAAGACGUUCAUUGUACAAGGUUUUGGUAAUGUUGGUCUACAUUCAAGUAGAUUUUUACACAAAUUUGGAGCAAAGUGUAUAGGUGUGAUGGAACAUAAUGGCAGCAUAUUCAAUCAAAAUGGUAUUAAUCCAAAAAAUCUAGAAGACUAUAAACUGCAACAUGGGACAAUUCUUGGCUUUCCUGGAGCACAGAUGACAACUGAAGAUUUGCUUGAAGCAGAAUGUGAUAUUUUACUCCCAGCAGCGGGAGAAAAACAAAUAACAUCAAAAAAUGCCCACAAUAUUAAAGCUAAGAUUAUUGCAGAAGGUGCCAAUGGACCAACAACUCCAGCUGCCGACAAGAUAUUAAAAAAUAAAAAUAUUUUAGUAAUACCGGAUUUAUACUUGAAUGCCGGUGGUGUGACUGUAUCUUACUUUGAAUGGUUAAAAAACUUAAACCAUGUUGGUCAUGGGAGACUUAUGUGGAAACAUGAACAAGAUAACAUUAAAUUAUUACUAGAUAGCGUAGCAAAGACCUUGACUCAACAAUUUCAAAAAGAAAUGUUGGUCCAACCUACAGAAGAGUUGAAGAAAAGAAUGGAAGAGGCUUCAGAGAAACAAAUUGUGCAUUCAAGUUUAGAGAAUACCUUUGAGAAAUCGACAAAAGAUAUAAUCAAAGUAUUGAGGGAAUAUGAUCUAGGUUUGGAUCUACGUACAGCUGCAUAUAUUGUUGCGCUUGAAAAAAUAUACAACACAUACAAUGUAGCUGGAUUCACGUUUUAAAACUCAUGCUGACCAUAAACUGUUCAAGUUAAAAUCUUCCCUAUGGUAUUUUUAACUUAUGUUUCAAUGUGAAGUUUUGCUAAUCAAAUUGCUCAAUUUUUAUGAAAUUGAAAAUUGAAAACAGUCCUUGCAGUGAACUUUAAAUUAGAUUGGAAAUAUAUGUAAAUAGCUAUUCAACAAGGACUUAGAGUAUACUAGAAAUAUGACAAUAUAUAAUGUGCCAUGAAAAUCAUUCAAGUACAACUAGGCAAGAAACCGUGGCCAUGUAAUAGAAAAACAUGGCAAAACAUUUGAUGAACCUCAUAUUAGAUAAAACAUACCAAAGAUUACACUCCUGGAAUUGAUUAUAAUUUCAUUUUUUCAGGCUAUCAUUCAAGUUGCAUGACAUUUAGAACCAUGUAAAUACUGCACCUAGAAUAACUGAUGUAUGCACAAAAUUAAUUGUAGCAUAGCAUAUACACUUAUUACUUCAUGCUAAAGAAAAUAAAUGUUCUGUUUUUUUAA